UCUUAAUAUAAAUAUAUACGUGUUUAAUACAUGUAUGUUAAUUCUCUUGUGAUAACAUUAAUGUAGUCAUAUUAAUAUAAAAAAAAAACUCAUGGUUGGUGAUUAAUACAUGUAAUAAAUUCAAGCUUUUAAAUACCAACCAAUGCAUGCAAGCCAUUAAAUAUUAUCUACCACCUAAUGCAUGCAAUACAUUAAAUGAUAAAUUUUUUGCCUAUAUAAUAGAUUGCAAAAAUCCGGUUUUUUCAACCCCUCUUGCUUCCAAUCCAUCAAAAUCGGUUUUAAAAAUCAAAGCUAAUUAUCCUUCAAAUUUCUCAAAAACAACUUAUUUCAUUAAAUGGAUCCUAGAGUUGCAAAACAUGUCAAUGAUAUUAACGAGUCUAUGUAUGAAUUUUUUGAAGCAUGGUCUGCCAUUGAUGAGGAGAUUUCGAAAUCUCUAAAAGCACUAGAGAAAUUAGAUGAUGAAGAUGAAGUGGAAACCAUGGGUUAUGUUGGUGUUGUUGGAGUACUCAUCUAUAUGGGACGUGUUCAAUCAAAAAUUAAUCAACAAAGCAAAAAACAAUAUAUCAUACUAAUUGACAAGAGUUAUACUGCUAUGAAACUAUGUGUUGUCGACAAUUUUUUUGACCAUUUACAACAAUUAAGUUCUGACCUAUUACAAGACGCUGUGGUUGUUUUAGCAAGAGGAUUGGUUUUGAAAAAUGACGACGGCAUUUAUUUGCAAUCUGUUGAAAACACACAAAUCAUGAUCAAUCCUAGGACAAAGAUUGCAAGCAAACUAAAACAGUGGUUUCGUAACGAUCAAUUUGUCCGACACAAGACACUAUGGAUAAAUAAGACUUCUCUUCCGCUCAAUAGAUUACUAUGCAUCUCGAAUUCAAUGCGUUUAUCCAUUUCUGAGUUUCACAAAUACAACGGAGGAUGCAAGUGUAGGGUUGUUGGGAGAAUAGAUGAUAUUAAUAAAGUCAAUAGUUCGAAUUCCGUAUUCAUGCAUAUCAAAAUAAAGGAUAUAAGUGGGUCAUUAAGUGUUGGACUAUCUCACAAGCAAAUAUGUUUUAUAUUACAAUUGUCCACUCUCGAUCUACCAAAAGAACUGAAGAGUUGCAAGGCUAUUAAUAAACUUUCACACGAUGGGAAGAUAUAUAAGAAGGUUUCUUUUGAACACCUUUACAUGCGUUCAAUGCGUAAUGAUGAAAAUAAAGCAAAGUUUUUUGAUUUGUGCUUGGAAUACAAGAACCAGAAGCACUUUUGCGUUAUGGCAUGGUAA